UGUUGUCCAGAUUACAUUCACAGCUCAGCGGACUGACGCAGCCAUUCAUUCCUGAUAUCACUUUGGAAAAAGGGUUUGCGACAUUAGGUAUGAGCUGUGGACUAGCAGUUCUGUAAAUAAAACACAUCUACUUGAAUUGACUUCCUCGUGCUUCAGCCAUGAGUGGAAAAAGUUGCCAGCUUCUGGUGUCUCCAUGCAGUGUGUCCCCAUCACUGAGCAUGAUCAGAGGACACCAGUCCCAAUCCAUCGUGAUUCCCAUGUCUUCCCCCCAACGGGUCAAUCUAAGUUCCUCCUCAGGAAUGGAGAAAGUGAAAAGAGGGGCCAACCACUCCUUAAUCUCUGGGAAAAAUAGCGGAAGCCAUGUUGUUCUGCCCACCCUGAGCCUCCGCAGGCAGGUGUUGACCAAUGGGAAGCAACUGACCGCAUCCCCACACCAGCAAGUGCCUGCUCAUUAUCCUCCAAACACAACAGUGACAACUACCAUUCAAACAGGGCUCUGCAACAGUUUCAAAGAUUUGGGCUUGUGUCUAGUAGGUUGCUCUGUGACUGGGCCUAGCAUGGAAGUAUUUGGUCAGCCAGCUACUGCCAACCUGACAGUGACCAGUGGUCCGAUGACUGUUGUCACAGACCAGCCAUUUAUUGCAGGACCUGCAGUGCCUCAUCCUCCAUCAAAUUCACAUAGUGUGCUGAUCCCCCACACCGAUGCCAGAUCCUUGUUGUCCAGAGAAUCCCUGGCAUCCACUACCCUCAGUCUGUUUGAAACACAGUCAGUGUUUAGUGGCAGACAUGACUGGCCGUAUGGCUACCGUGUGCUUCCUCCACUGGGACUACCUCAAUGUUCCACCCAGGCCAGUGAGGGAGGUGAGCAGGUCAUCAUUUCCCCUGGCACGGCCAUGUCCGGUACAACCAUAUCAGGGGGCACAAGCACCUCUGCUUCCUUGCCAUCAUACCUCUUUGGAGGUGAUGCUGGAAGCCCUAGACCAUCUCAUGCUAAGAAGAGAGCCCUCUCCAUGUCGCCCUUGUCAGAUGUCAUGGGUACUGAUUUCAAUUCCAUCAUACGCACCUCGCCCACCUCUCUUGUGGCGUACAUCAAUGGCUCCCGCAGCUCUCCAGCCUCCCACUCUACACUCUCACCUGUGCUGUCUGAAGGUUAUGGUCACCUUCUGCAGGGUUGUUGUAUCCCCCAGGUGCAUCCCUACAGCAUGCCAGGCUCUUCACAGGCUCUGAUCUCACAGACAGAGUGUGGCCGUAUGCAGAUGCUUGAAAAGAGAAGUGGUCUGAAGAACCAGAUGGCUAACAUGGUGGUGGAGCAGCAAUGCCUCCCAGAGAAACAAGGGGUACUGGAGAAGACUUCGGAGAGCUGCAGCCAAGCCAUCAACAACCUGCUGCCACCUCUACAGUUACAUCCAGCACAGCUGACUACUGUUCAAGAAGCUGCUACUCCACAGGGGCCUCCACCACCCUACCACUCCCACCAGCACAUCCACCUCUUCAGACAUCACUGCAAAAUAAAGCGCCUAUCUCAGGACCCUCUAACACAAGCUUCUAUGGUUCCUCCAAGGCAUGGGGUGAGCUUUUUACCCCAGGUCCCAAUGCUGGAGGAAGAAGAAGGAGAGAUGGAGGACUAUGGGACCCACUGCUGCGGAUGGUUGGACUGCAGCGCAGUCUAUGACCAAAAGGAGGAGCUGGUAAGGCACAUAGAAAAGCUACAUGUGGACCAGCGGAAGGCUGAGGAUUUCACAUGCUACUGGGUGGGCUGUCCACGCAAGUUCAAGCCUUUCAAUGCUCGAUACAAGCUUCUAAUCCACAUGAGGGUGCAUUCAGGAGAAAAACCCAACAAGUGCACGUUUGAGGGCUGCAAGAAAGCUUUCUCUCGACUAGAAAAUCUGAAGAUCCACCUGCGUAGCCACACAGGGGAGAAACCAUAUCUCUGUCAGCACCCAGGCUGCCACAAGGCCUUCAGCAACUCAAGUGACAGAGCUAAACACCAGCGUACACACCUGGACACAAAGCCGUAUGCUUGUCAAGUGCCUGGCUGCACAAAGCGCUACACUGAUCCCAGCUCCUUGAGGAAACAUGUGAAAUCCCAUUCUACAAAAGAACGACAGUUACGGAAGAAGAUGAAAUCCAGUACUGAUGUGACCCAGGACAUGCUGACAGACUGUUUAACCAUCCACCCUCUACAACCAAGUCGUUCUCCUUUAGCAAGAACAGACAACUUGAACCCAUCCUCUGGUGCAUCUCAUGAGUCAUACUCUGCUGCUCUGCAGGGACAGGACAACUCCAGCAAUCCUCACCUGGCUCUGCUGUGCUCCUUAGGAGAUAAUUACAGGUUUGUUGAUCCUUCCCCUCACCAGCUCUUCCCUGGGGACCAGUGUGGGCCUUGCUCUCCCACCUGCCUCUCACAUCCUCCCAAUGGGGCUUCUCUGCAGAACAGAGAGUUGAAGCAGCCCAGACAGCCUCCUGAUCUAGCAGAUCACAACCCAGAGCUCUCAGGGCAGAUGAAGAUGCUUUAUUCUCCUCCACAAUAUGGCGAGAUCACAGCUCAUACCUGCUCAAGUCACCUGAUGCAAGUUGAUGCAUUUGGUGACAGCCUCACACCCACAGUCAAUAAUCCCAAUGGGGUGGCAACCACACAAACAGCUCUUCAAUGCAUUACAGGAUUUGAUGUCCACCGCCAAGCACAGGAUGUGGCUCCUAAUCAAAAAUUACAUGAAGGACAUUUUUUCCCUGUUGUGGACCAUUGCACAAGCCAGGUCUCCUCCAUCUAUACCGAGGGAUGAUAUUAUUCAGUUGUGGAUUUUGAUCAUUUGCACUAUUUUGUGUCCACAUUCCUUUUACAUCAAAAGGUCAAUAAAAAGAACACUGUAGAUAGUACUGCAACCUGAUUGCAGCUGCAGAUACACUCUCCUUGACUGAAUCUCUGCAGAUGUAUCUAACUAAACACUGGCUUCUUUCUUCUUAAUCAAUGUAUAGUAAUGACUGAGCCUAUUUUAAUGUUUACUUAGUUUUUAUACAGCUUGUGUAUAACAUGUAGUAAGUACUUCAACUGGUAACAUUUUGCACAAUAUUUAACACUGCAAUCAAAGCAAAAAUAUACACGGAUCAUUUAUUAAGGUUUUUCUUAGAACCAAGGGUUUGUAACUAUAGUAACAAGACAGCCUUACAAUUUCACUGUAAUGUUCAUAGACAUAACUUGCUGUUUGAAUAUAAUGAUAAUGCUAUGAGUGCUCCUGUGCCUAGAUACCAGGCACGUUUGUGUUUGUGACUAUACCAGUAAUGUUGCAUGCUUUACUGCAAAUAACCUAUACUUCACAUUGUAGUUUAAAAAGUCACAGCACCAUACAUUUUAACCCUCUUUUCCUGCAGCCAUUUAUUUCAGGUAUUUCAGGAAAAUGAUCUCGUGGAGACGCCAGCACUGGGUUCAGUAUGGAUGCUUGUAUUUUUGCCUUUUCUAAAUGUAUGUCAUUUUUCUGCAGGGCAGACAUUUCCGUCCAAUUUGCACUUGCAGCUGUAUUUUCAUGCCACUACCAUAACACAACUAUAAGUAAUAAAGCAGACAUGAUAUUUACAAUGAAUCCAGCACAAAUGUUUCUGCAAAUGUUCAAUUUUAUAGUGUAGUGAAACAACCAUGAGGAUAAA